GCAUACCUAUGGCAAACAUAUCGAGCUCAACAUCACAGGCUCUUGUCACGCCGUUGACAGCUUUGGUUUCACGGCCAGCUCGGUCACAUUUGUUUGCUCCAAUGGACUAGAGAGAUGAGGAAAGGGGGUACUACGCAACCGUCCUGGAGGAGUCUCUUUGUUCGGCCAUAUAUUAACUAGUACACGUCCCUCCACUUAUACAUACAGCCUCUACUAGCCAUCUCAGACAUCUAACGCAACCGUUCACACAACACACGUCAUAGCCAGCUCCUCAAAAAUACUCUAUCUCAAACCUCGAGCGUCGAGAAAGGAGGAAAGAGAUAAUUAAGCGACAAAUUUCGAGACAAAUUACACAGAAAAUGCAGCUGCCAAUUGUUCUAUUUGCUGCCGCGGCGCUUGUUACCGUUUCCGCACUCCCGGAAUCUAAUCCCAUCAUCACGGCGGCACCUGAGGUGAAGGACGUCUCUGCCUCUGCCGAUCACGCAUCACCUGCCUGUUCUACGGAUUGCUGGGCUUCAUAUGUCGAGUGCCAUCAUACCUUGACUUUCGUCUACCUAUGCUACACUCCACCUCCGUGUGGAACCCAGACCUCUCCAGACCCGUACCAUUGCCCACCCCCUAAGACCACGGCUGAUGCGGCGAGUUCUAAACCGAGCAGCUUUACUACUUCUACGGUUUCAAGCAAACCUGCCGCUGCUACUUGACAUGCGACCGCUGAGUCUUGGAUCUGGUUUUCUGGGAGUUUUCGUGCAGGCAUGGAAACUCAAUGGGUCUUUCUGAGCUUUUUCUUCUAGACACAUUAGAUUUGUACUGGGAUUUUCUCUCUUUUACUAUACGGGCACUCUCAUACCUCUUUCUCCCUUUACCAGACAAUCACCCCACUACAUGAUAGCAUUAUAGAUGAGGAUCUAAUCGCAUCAAUAAAUCUCAUGACCAU